UGGACCCUGGAUCGAUCACCUCCAUUCUUUCUCCGCAUCUCGCCACAGUACGCUUCGCUGCUCUCCCGCCUAUAUAUACCACCUCCUCCUCGAUCAUCAGUUCAUCAGCAACCAAAGCAAGAAGCAAUUCUUGAGCUCAAUCAGCAACAACAUCUAUCUCCUUCUUGCUUAGUUAAGUCCUUCGCCCUCCCAAGAAGAAGAAGAUGUCUUGCUGCGGCGGCAACUGCGGCUGCGGCAGCGGCUGCCAGUGCGGCGGCGGCUGCGGCGGAUGCAAGAUGUUCCCUGAUGUGGAGGCCACAGCCACCACCAAGACCUUCGUCCUCGCUGCUCCAUCCAACAAGGCGAGCUCUGGAGGAAUGGAGAUGGCGGUGGAGAGCGGCGAGAACGGCGGCUGCGGCUGCAACACCUGCAAGUGUGGCACCAGCUGCAGCGGCUGCUCCUGCUGCUCCUGCAACUGAAUCUAUCGUCGUCGUCGCCCGGCUGCAUGAGGAUUUAUCGUAUGGAUGCUGCUACUGUCGAUCAGAGCUUUGAUCGAGGCCUUAAUUUGCUUGCAUUAGUACCCAGCUUAUAUGUAGGCAGGCCUUGCCUUUUGCUCUGACGCCUAAAUAAAACCGUCGUCGUCGUUGUCAGUGUGUGCGUGUGUCGAUCAAUGUUGGAUGGAUCCCUAGCUAGCUUGGAUGGAUCAUCUAUCAUCAUGGUGAUCUCAUCAUGUACUCCUGCUCCAUCUCCUCAUGCGUGCCAGGCUUCUUAAUAUAAUCUACCUCUGCUUUCAUCCCA